UAUCACAUAUACUACUACAUUUCCAUGAACCAAAUCACAUAAUUUUUCCGCUAACAGAAAAAAGAGAGUUCAAAAAGUCAGCAAACAUUAUAAAAUUCGGAGUGGGUCCCGUCACCAGCCUGGUCCGAAAGGUCGAAAACCCCAAAACUAAACAACACAGACACACAACCAAACUCAUCUAUCUCUCUCUCUCACAUUUCCACUUGACAUCGCCGACACUUCAAGACAUUAUAUUAAAAGAAACAAAAAAAUAAAAAUAAAAGAAAGUAAACCCUUUCUUCACCCCCAGAAACAGAAAGAAAGUAAAGAGAAAAAAAAAUUAUUGUUCCAAUCUUUCCGAUCCAACAGAGCUCCAUGGAUCGUCGCAUCUAUGGUGGCUCCGCCGCCAUUAAUCUCAUUCUCUCCCUCCUUCUCUUCUCCUCCACAUCUGCAUUAUCCAAGAAGAACCAGAUUCCUUCCUCCGGGUCGGGUCAGAUCAACUCCAACUCCGUCCUCGUAGCUCUCCUCGACUCUCGUUACACGGAGCUCUCGGAGCUAGUCGAGAAGGCUCUCCUCCUUCAGACACUCGAGGAAGCCGUUGGCCGUCACAAUAUUACCAUCUUCGCCCCUCGCAACGAAGCUCUGGAGCGUGAACUUGACCCUGAGUUCAAACGGUUCUUGCUCGAGCCAGGUAAUCUCAAAUCUCUCCAGACGCUUCUCAUGUUCCACAUUAUCCCCAACCGGGUCGGGUCGGAGCAAUGGCCCAAGGAAGACUCGGGUCGGGUCAAGCACGACACUCUAGGGAACGAUCACCUCCAUUUGAUUAACGGAGACGGCAAGAAGAUGGUAGAUUCGGCUGAGAUUAUCCGACCCGACGACUUAACCCGACCCGACGGGUUGAUCCACGGGAUCGAGCGGCUUCUCAUCCCCCGCUCCGUCCAAGAGGAUUUCAACCGCCGCCGCAGCCUCCAGUCGAUCUCCGCCGUCUUACCGGAAGGAGCUCCGGAGGUUGACCCGAGAACCAACCGUCUCAAGAAAAAACCCGCUCCGGUCCCCGCCGGAGCCCCGCCGGCGCUCCCGAUCCAAUCCGCGAUGGCUCCAGGUCCGUCGCUAGCUCCGGCGCCGGCGCCGGGACCGGGAGGGAAGCACCACCACUUCGACGGCGAGGCGCAGGUCAAGGACUUCAUCCACACUCUGCUGCAUUACGGCGGCUACAACGAGAUGGCGGACAUUCUCGUGAAUCUGACGUCGCUCGCGACGGAGAUGGGUCGUCUGGUGUCGGAAGGGUACGUGCUGACGGUUCUUGCUCCCAACGACGAAGCCAUGGCGAAGCUGACGACGGAUCAGCUUAGCGAGCCUGGAGCUCCGGAGCAGAUUGUGUAUUACCAUAUUAUCCCUGAGUAUCAGACGGAGGAGAGUAUGUAUAACUCUGUGAGGAGAUUUGGGAAGGUGAAGUUCGAUACGCUGCGUUUUCCUCAUAAGGUUGCGGCUAAGGAGGCUGAUGGUUCGGUUAAGUUCGGUGACGGUGAGAGGUCGGCGUAUUUGUUUGAUCCGGACAUUUAUACGGACGGUCGGAUCUCGGUUCAGGGGAUUGAUGGUGUUUUGUUCCCUGAAGUGGAGGAAGUUGUUGAAUCGGUUAAGAAACCGGUUAAGAAAGUUGUUCAGCAGAGAAGAGGGAAAUUGUUGGAAGUAACAUGUAGAAUGCUUGGUGCUAUUGGCAAGGACAGUUACCUCAGCAAAUGCCUGUGAAUUCACAAACCCGCAAAAGACACACAUUCGAAAAGCUGACUCAAGAUUUGGCAUUGGUUGAAUAGUAAACUGCACAGAGGAUAAUAAUCUUCCAUGGAGUGAAAAUGAUGUUUUGCUUUGUUUUCUUAAAUAUAUAUAUCUUUUGAGGGGUGUUUUAUACUUGGUCUUGGAUUAUGAAUACUGUAAAUUAGAUUAUACCAAUCAUUUAUUUAUUUGUUUUUGUGGUGUAUGAGACUGUGAGUACAAUCAAUAAAAAAAGGGAAACAAAACCUUUUCUUUCA